GUUAGGACCCUUGUUGUGACUGCAGCUAAUUGUCGAGGUUUCAGGCCAAAAAGACGUGUUUGAAGAUGCUGCUUUCCAAAUUUGGGUCUUUUUCUCACAUUUGCGGCACGACUAACAUUGACCAUUUACCAGUGAAGAUUCAGCUCCAAUCAGCUAAAGUGGAAAAGGAGGCGUUUGAUAAAGUGUACCAUGUGGGCUCGGUGCUGGGAAGCGGUGGAUUCGGGACUGUAUACGCCGGUUAUCGCAUUUCAGACAGUUUGCCGGUCGCUAUUAAACAUGUAGCCAAAGAGAGAGUCACAGAAUGGGGAACAGUCAGCGGUUCACUUGUUCCGCUGGAGAUUCUCCUCAUGAAGAAGAUGGGAAAUACAUUUCAGGGUGUUAUUAAACUGUUCGAUUGGUACGAAAGACCUGAUGGCUGGUUGAUCGUUAUGGAGCGACCUGAGAUGGUUAAGGAUUUGUUUGACUACAUAACUGAGAAGGGCGCUCUGGAUGAGGACACGGCCCGUGGAUUUUUUCGUCAGGUACUGGAGGCAGUUCGACACUGCUAUAGCUGUGGUGUAGUUCACAGGGAUAUUAAAGACGAAAACCUUCUGGUGGAUUUACGAACUGGCGAUCUGAAGCUCAUCGAUUUCGGCUCCGGGGCGAUUCUCAAGGACACUGUGUACACCGAAUUUGAUGGCACGAGAGUCUACAGCCCUCCAGAAUGGAUUCGCUUCCACAGGUACCAUGGACGCUCUGCAACGGUGUGGUCACUUGGUGUUCUGCUAUAUGAUAUGGUGUGUGGAGACAUACCAUUUGAACAUGACGAGGAGAUUUUGAAAGGCCAUCUUUUUUUCAGAAGGAAAAUCUCUCCUGAAUGUCAAAAUCUCAUCAAAUGGUGUCUCUGCUUGAGGCCAUCAGAAAGACCCUCAUUGGAACAAAUAUUUGAGCAUCAGUGGAUGCAUACAGAGAAAGAUCCAACACCACAAAAUAAGGACAUCACUCUUCAUGUAAUCGGCACUGGUUCAUCGGCUAGCACAAGUUCAAGCAAUGAGAGCCUUUGACCGCAACAUACAUAUACAGACUGUUCAUUAAUGAUUUAUUUAUUUUUCAGUACUUUUUUAUUUUAAAGAAGUGUUUUUCAUGAAAGUUGCACAAGUUGUGAUGCUAGCAACCCUAUGACCAUAUUCCUUGCUCUUAUAGAGCUUAUGUUCAUUUACUUUUUAAGCUGAUCAGUGCCUUUCCCCCAGAAAGCUGCUUUUUUUUAAGAUCUGACUGUCGCCCCCUUGUGGUGUACUGUGUCCUGUCUUUUCCUAGCUGGACGUAAAAAACCUUUUAACUCCUGCUACUCGUGCCACAUUCCAUUCCUACUUCAGCUUUAUAUGAUUCUUUGGUUGGUAGAUACCUGGAUGGCAUGCACAGCCAAUGCAAUAUUCAUGUAUUCUAAGUUUCUGAAUACAAGUAUUUGUAUCGUAUUUAUGUAUAGUUUCUUCCUUGUUUGUAAUGUAUUCAUACAUAGGAGGCAUUUCACAUUCUAUGACUAUUUAUUUAUUUAUUUAUUAAUUUUAUACAAUUAGCAAAAAGGAAAUAAUUAAUAUACUUGUUCUUAAUAUUGUCUUAUUUAAUAGUUCAGUUUUUAAAUUUAUAGACAAAGUUUGGCUAAUACUGAUACACACCGGUGGGACUAAAGUAUUUGAGUCCAUUAUAAUGUGACUUGAUUCUAGGAGAUGUCAUUUAUUCUUCAUGCUACAUGAAAGAUGCAUUCUAGUUUUUACUGUGACUGUCACAUUUGAUCCUUUUGUAUUUAUGAAACAAGGUUUUUUUUAUAACAAUAAAUUUUGUUGCUGACAUUUA